CUCAAAACAAAAUAAAAACAUACUACAAUAAUUUAACACGCAAAAAAAAAAAAAAAACCCAACUUAUAUAUAUACAAAUACAAACCACAUUUUACCACCACAAGCCAUCAUAACACAACCAUAAUCCACCAUGGAUCUUCUCUUGUUAGAGAAAACACUCAUUGCAUUAUUCGCAACAAUAAUUAUCACAAUAGUUAUAUCCAAAUUACGUGGCAAAAAAUUUAAGUUGCCACCCGGGCCAACCGCAGUGCCAAUUUUUGGCAACUGGUUACAAGUUGGUGAUGACUUGAACCAUAGAAACUUAACUGAUCUGGCCAAGAAAUUUGGCCAGAUCUUUUUAUUGCGCAUGGGACAACGAAACCUUGUCGUUGUCUCAUCCCCUGAUCUUGCAAAAGAAGUUUUGCAUACACAAGGUGUUGAGUUUGGUUCUCGAACACGAAAUGUCGUGUUUGAUAUUUUUACUGGGAAAGGACAGGAUAUGGUUUUUACCGUUUAUGGUGAACAUUGGAGGAAAAUGCGUCGCAUUAUGACUGUCCCGUUUUUUACUAAUAAAGUUGUUCAACAAUAUAGGAAAGGAUGGGAAGAUGAAGCAGCGGCGGUUGUGGAAGAUGUGAAGAAAAAUCCGAAAUCCGCAACGGAAGGAGUUGUGAUAAGGAAAAGGUUACAAUUGAUGAUGUACAACAAUAUGUUUAGGAUCAUGUUUGAUAGAAGAUUUGACAGUGAAGAUGAUCCUUUGUUUUUGAAACUGAAAGCGUUGAACGGUGAAAGGAGUCGUUUGGCGCAAAGUUUCGAGUAUAACUACGGUGAUUUCAUUCCGGUUUUGAGACCGUUUUUGAGAGGUUACUUGAAGUUGUGUAAGGAAGUGAAGGACAAAAGGCUUCAGCUCUUCAAGGAUUACUUUGUUGAUGAAAGGAAGAAGAUUGGAAGCACACAGAAAUUGGACAACAAUCAACUAAAAUGUGCAAUUGAUCACAUUCUUGAAGCCAAGGACAAGGGAGAGAUCAAUGAAGACAAUGUUCUUUACAUUGUUGAAAACAUUAAUGUUGCUGCAAUCGAGACGACUCUAUGGUCAAUAGAGUGGGGAAUUGCCGAGCUUGUGAACCAUCCUGAGAUCCAGGCCAAGCUAAGACACGAGCUUGACACUAAGCUCGGGCCCGGUGUCCAGAUCACCGAGCCUGAUGUCCAAAACCUACCUUACCUCCAAGCCGUGGUGAAAGAAACUCUUCGUCUACGAAUGGCAAUCCCACUUCUAGUCCCCCACAUGAACCUCCACGACGCUAAGCUUGGUGGCUUUGACAUUCCGGCUGAAAGCAAGAUCUUGGUCAAUGCUUGGUGGCUAGCAAACAACCCUGACCAAUGGAAGAAACCCGAGGAGUUUAGACCCGAGAGGUUUUUGGAAGAGGAAGCAAAGGUUGAGGCUAAUGGAAAUGAUUUCAGGUACUUGCCAUUCGGAGUUGGAAGGAGGAGUUGCCCCGGAAUCAUUCUUGCAUUGCCGAUCCUUGGUAUUACGCUUGGUCGUUUGGUGCAGAAUUUCGAGCUUUUGCCACCACCAGGACAGUCUAAGAUUGACACAAGUGAGAAAGGUGGACAGUUUAGUUUGCAUAUCUUGAAGCACUCUACCAUUGUUGCUAAACCUCGAUCGUUUUAAAAAUUUUCUAUAAUGUUCCUAUUCUAAUAACCAGUGUUACCGUCCUUAUGUGGUUUAAAAAGAUUUUGAAUUUGUUUUGUAUAUCAUUUUGUUUACUAAUAAUUCAUGAUUUGUGAUACUAA